AUCUGCUGCCUAGAUUCUAUAGCUAGGUUAUCUCACUCUCAAAAGCGUUUCAGAGUUCGAUAUCACACGUGGGAAACUCCCAUCAUGAAGGAAUACUUGAGAAUCUACCGCUUUCUCCUCAUCUUCCUCUCUUUCUACUUCAACCUGAGCCAUGCGCUACACGUGCCUCAGCCUACCAACACACAAAACAUCGCAUCAUCAGAUGGAGGGGUAAGCCCUAUUCCCACCGACCCAGCACAUCUCAGCGACGCUCCCGAAGGGCAACAAGAUUUAAAGCGACUGGCAGUACGUCAACUUGGCGUAAGUACUUGCGGAUACAUCAACAAAAUAUCAGCCUCAUCCUUGACCUGCCCCUCUGGUUACGAAUGCGCCAUAAACGAGAUCUACGAAGCCGCGGGAUGCUGUUCUAGUGGUAAUUUUGACAACUGUUAUCUCGCUACCGCAUGUUUUCCAUAUAGGAGUAUGGCAUACUGUGACGCGGCAUGCAUGAUGGAUCUGGCUGUGAUGAAAUGCGGUAACUUACAAGCAGCCUACUGCUUAACUAAGGAGUAUAUUUAUCCUGCGGGAUCCUAUACUGAGUACAACUGCUUCACUGCAUCGGCGUAUAUCACAGUCUGGGGUUCGUAUACCGAUGGCGUAGACGGAACAUCAUUUGUUGUGCCGCCGGCUGUGACUGUGACAGCUACGGCAUUGCCUGCAAGCGGCACCGGCAAUGGUGGUGGGAAUACGAAUCAAAACACCAACAAUAACAAUAUCCUCAUUUCUAUGCCAGGCGGCAACGGUGGAGGAAGUGGAAGUGACCACCAGAGACCUGGGUUUUGGCUGGGACUCUGUUCUUUUCUGCUCGCUCUUGUCUGAGCAUGGAACUUCUUUGAUGUUUGUAUGGGCUUCAUUGCUUUCUUAUAAUGUUGGAGACUGAUAGAGAUUUCAUUAUCUGUGUCAUGUUAUUUCGGCCGAGGGGAUGGCAAGUUCUUCCCAAGUUCGUUCACGAUAACCCAUUUCUUGCUUCUCAUGUUUUGGUCUUUGGAUGGAAAGGGAAGUAAUGAUUCAAGAAGGAUACCUAUAUAACACGGGGUAAUCAGCUAGUAUUGCGCUGUCAGUCUAAUGUGGAAGGUGAUAGGUAGAUGCACUUAGGAAUAUUCCCGAGGACGUCGUACGUGGACAGGUUUCGUUAGGAA